AUGACCGAGGAAAAUGGCGUGGCUGAACAGGUGGUUGACUCGCCUGGUGUGUUCAGCCCACGCACUCCUUCGCAGCAGCUGUUCAACCCAGGUGUGGUAGAAGGACAAUGGCAGCCAAUGCUCGAGAGUCUUUGCACAUUUGAACCCGAGAUGUUUCUCAAGGUCAUGCACAACCUGAUCAAGAAUCCUAAUAUCAUGUCCACUCACCUUUUCCGAGCGGAUAUUCUUUAUGAUAGUGAUGCCGAUCAUACUAUCAUCGAAGGGCCAACAACCGCACAAUUCAGCGACUUCACAAAGCAUCUCCAAAAAGAAUAUCGGCCGAGAUAUACUGAGCUACCUGGGUACAAAUGGGAAAGGACAUACGUCCGACAGCUGGUUCCACGCAAUCGACAGCUAGACCGAGAUCUUCCGCAGACUUGUCACUUCUAUACACGCCAGGACGAGCAAACUACGAGAAACCUUAUCCUCUAUGUUCCGCAUGUCGAGGAUCCUGAAGCUAUGCCAUGGUAUCAUCCCAGAGUCUGCGCAGUAGCCUUUUCCCACGAUUGGACUGCGGCAUCCAGAACAGGAGUUGUCGCGGUUCAUUACUCUUUGUUUCCUGACGUACCUCUCGACUCAAGACUCGAGCGAACAGCGUUGCAACUACUAACUAAGAUUCACAAGCAUAGUCGAGGCCAACAAGCAGGAUACCAGAAAAGGGUUCACCAUGAUCAAGUCGUUCCACAGAAGACCUUCCAGGAAACUUACGCCAGGCUCAAAAGCACGUAUGCCAAAUCCUUAAUCGAAGGAUGGGCGGAGGUGACUGAUCCCGCAAAGCACGUCUUCGAAGACCUCGGAAUUGCUUCUUUUCUCAUCGAGCUCUGGAAGGUCAUGUACGAUUGCGAUGCAACUGGUGACGGUGCUGGAGACGAUACCCAGUCAGCCGAGCAUGGCCGUAAACCUCCAUUUCCAGGAUUUGUUGACAUUGGCUGUGGCAACGGUCUCCUUGUGAAUAUCCUGAUCAAAGAGGGCUUUCCAGGUUGGNGGUUUGAUGCAAGACAUCGAAAGUCGUGGGAGACCUUCGCCCCCGACGUCAAGAGCAAGCUUGCAGAAGGCAUUUUAGUACCUCAAGUACUGAAUUCCAACGGUCCAACCGAGGACUCAGACAGCAUGGCAGAUCUGGAAAACAUGUUGGAGGCAGUCGAUCUGCUAAGAGACCGAGACUUCCACAACGGCCUCUUCAAAAACGGGACUUUCAUUGUGUCAAACCACGCGGAUGAACUCACUCCAUGGACUCCUCUCCUCGCGUUUCUCAAUGAUUCACCAUUCAUUGCGAUACCGUGCUGCAGCCACAAUCUAGCUGGCGCUCGAUGGCGAGCACCUAUAUCAAAAGCUGCAAAGGAAAAGGCUGCCGCACAACGACGUCAAGAGUCUCCAGCAAUCGAGGUUGUCGGCACGGAUCGAUUGCGUGAGAACCAAGCUGCAGAGACCGGAUCCUUGAAGAAACCAGCUGGCACGAAGAACGUCCAGUCAGCAUAUGCUUCUCUCUGCGACUAUGUCUCAGGUCUGGCGAAAGAUGUGGGCUUCGUUGUCGAAACUGAAAUCUUGCGUAUACCUUCCACUCGCAACACUUGCAUCUUGGGCAGAACCACGAAGCCAUUACAGAACAACGAAGGAAUGUCUAAAGAACAGCACGUUCGGCAUAUUGUUGCGAGGGAGCUCAGUGCCCCGAUAGAAGACAUUUGUACCGAAUUUGUAAGGUGUGCUCAAAAGCUGGUCGGGAAGAAAGGUGAAACUCACUAG